AUGACUGUGAAGAUCAAUGAGUACGAACUGACCUGCCAAUGUCAAUACAAGCUCUACGAUGUCAUUCUGGAUGAUGAAAUCGUAAUCGAAACGACUGUCACUCAUGAUCCCGCUAUUGUAUCCUCAUGGAUCGACAAAACCGAAAUCUUAAAUGAAUCCCGCCUCCACCGCUUGAUUGUCGGCCUCGACAUCGAGUGGCGUCCCAACUUCACCGCCGGACAAAACAACCCCGCCGCCACCAUCCAACUUUGCGUCGGAAAAUCCUGUCUCAUUUACCAAAUUAUCCACUCCGCCAAUAUUCCCCGUCGACUCCGCCAGUUCCUCCAGAAAGAAACUUACGAAUUUGUUGGUGUUGGUAUUGAAAGUGACGUGAAGAAAUUGAAUCACGAUUAUGGACUUUUAGUGUCGAAGAAGGUUGAUCUCCGGAAGUGGGCGGCGGCGGAGCUGAAGAAGAAGGAACUUCUCACGGCGGGACUGAAGGAUUUGGUGAAGAAAAUAGUGGGAAAAGAGAUUGUGAAGCCCAAGAGUGUGACUAUGAGUGCUUGGGAUCAACGCAGGCUCAGCCCUAAGCAGAUAUGUUAUGCUUGCCUUGAUGCUUAUCUUUCUUUUGAAAUUGGGAGGAUCUUAAGUGCUUGGUAUGAUUAG